AUGCCCAGCGGCUUCUUCAUGUUCAUGUAUAUUUUUAUUCUGGUUCUACAAGCUACAAGUUGGACCAUUAAUGGAUUCGUAUUGAUAAUAUUUUUUUCAGGUGAGUUUAUUUGGUCAAAUUUAAAAUCUUCGUGUUUGAAUUUCAGGAAAACUUCAUUGAGGGCAAGUUUGAAUAAUCGUCUAAUUUUGUACCUUUCUUUUGGCCGAUUGGGUUUUUUCACUAUUGUGUGAGUUUAAUUUUAUCUUUUUUAGUAUCAGACUUUUAUUUUUGAACGAAGGUUUGUUCAACGAAUUUUGAGAUCUCAAAAAAGUCGCCAAGAGACCUCAAUGAUGUCUUCAAGAGACCUUAAAAUGCAAAAUGUGAAAAAGUCCGAAGAGAACUUGUAAAUGUAUUAGAAAAAAUGUCUUUAAAUUCUUAUUUUCUUUUCACAUCUUUCUGCAUUUUAAAUCCUUUCAGGUGCUCCUCUAUUCAUCUACAUGAUGAUCAAGUGGAAUCCUGUCCAUUUCGACUAUAACAUUAAUAUUGUCCUUGUUUCCUCGAUUCCAAUGGCUAUCGAAUUCAAAGUCAACCUGACUUUGACUGUCGCAAUUGCCCUUGACCGAUGUUUGGUGAGAUUUUCACUUUUUUGCUGAAAAGUACUAGUUUUGAUUUGUCGGAACUACUCAUUUUCUUCUCAUUUCCGCGAACAAGGAACUUUUUUAUUAUUUUUUUUUCGCAAGAUUGUAUCUAAUCGGAAAAAAGAAAAUACUCUUUUGCACACAAAAUUGAAAAAAAUAUAUUUUUUGAAAGUUUCGAGACUUGUAAACUGAAAAUGAAGUUGUUGCCCAUCAUACCAAAACUUUGGUGAAUAAAUCUCGAAAAAGCUCAUUUUUGAAAAAGAUCUUUUCAAAAAGUACUUCAAAAGCAGGGAAAAAAAGGGAUUUUCAAAUAAGAUCGAAUUUUUGAAUUUGGAUUGUUUUCAGCCAAAAAAAGUUCCUUUUUCCUAGGUACUCAAAACUUGAAAUUUUUCUUAUAAGAAAAAAAGGGGUUUUCAUUAUUGAAAAGGUUUGAAAAAUCAUCUUUUUCUUCAGAAAAGCCCUCAAAUCUGACUUUUCAACGAGUUCAAAGGUGAAAAUGGCUUAUUUUGAAAGCGAAAAUUUUUGGCUCAGACCUUAUUAACAAAAUGAAAAAAUUAUCAUGAAAAUCUGAAGAAUUAACCAGAAAAAGAGCAGCAAAAGAAGAAUAAAACUGGAAAUAGUUAUUUUAGGUUUUCUUCGAAAUCAACUAUUCAAAAAACUUCUUCGAGUUCAGGCCAUUUUCAAGCCGAUCUGGUACCGAGCUCAUUUCACGGCCAGAUAUGCCCAUGGAUCCAUUAUGAUUGGAGUAUUCUUCGGGUUGUUCGACUGUGCAAUGGGUCAAAUAUUGUCGAAGGAAGGACGUCCGCCAGCUUCAGAUUGUGGGGCCCCGGGGUGCUUCACGACGCCCAAAUAUCGAUAUUAUACCGGGGUUUCUAAUAUGGUGAGAUUUCAAUCAAUCAAAAAAAAAUUUUACUUCCUCAUGAUUUUUUUGCAAAAAUUAUUCCAAAUGCCAGCAAUUUUCAGUGCAUGGGCGUCACAGUGACGAUUCUGACAAUGGCGAUAAUUAUCAAGCUGAAUUUCAACAAAGAAGAGCAUAAAAGGAACAGAGAAGGACGGUUAUUCAAACAGGUCUGUUUUCAGUUAUUCAUUCAUAAAUUUUCAAAGUUUCGAAAAGUCUUGUCAACGACAGUAAAUAUUCGAAAAAACAGCCGAGUAGCUGAAAUUUCGUUUUAUGCCAUUUCUUUUCGAUUCUCCCAUAUAUCACGAAAUCCUCUGUGAUAGUUCCCUUGCCUCACUGUUCCCCAAGAAUAUUUUAGUUUUAUGGAAAAACCACGUCAACUUUUUCCUUCAUAAGAAAAUUGAAAUUGUAUUUUUUCCUUUGCACAAAACCACUACCAAUAAAGAUGCAGUCUUGCUGUACGUGACAAGCAAGACGGCAGGUUUCAAGAGCUUUUUCGACAAUGUCAAGAAGAAUAAUUUCAGACGAACCGAGUAACUUCGGCUAUUUUGACCUCUUCCAUCAUUUUUUUCACAAUUCCGAGCAUUCUUGUGGGAGCUAGCGGAAUCAUCGGAGAGGACGGAAUGCUUUUCAGACAACUCGGCCCAUUUUACGUGAUUGGACUUCUGGCUUCAGGUAUUUUCAAAUUUUUCAAGUCUCAAAGAAAGAAAUCAGCUUUUACGGAGGCACUUAAUUUAUUUUUCGUUGGAAUACCAAUCGAAAUUCUAGAUUUUGAGAACUUUCCAGGAGGAAAUCCAAACUUACAACCGGCAUACUUUCGAAUUCAGGUGCUUGAAUCAACUAGAACUUUUUUUUCCUAUUUUGAAACCCUUUUUGAGACAAACUCUAGUUUUUUUCUAGCUUUUUUAAUCGUCAAAAAUCGCCUAUAAUAUUCAGUUUUUCCACUGAAAUCUAUACUUUGAAAUAAAUUUUACCCUACUUCUAGAAGUAAAAUAUUCUCGAUAUCCAGAAAUCUAAUUUAUGUUUCAUACUCAGGAAUCUGCAACGGAUUGAUAUUUUUGACGAUCAACCCCGAAGUCCGACGAUUGGCCAAACUGAUAUUAUUCAAUUCAGCUACAAUUCGCUCCGAAAGCAAGGCUUCAAGUUUGAAAUCGAUUCAGCUCCCUUUACAAUUCCCAUCUCAAAGAAGUACUGUGAUUAGAUCUGUUUGAAAUUCUGAUAAUUUUUGUUAGGUUUUUUUCUCAUUUUUAUAGAAUUUCUGAAAAAGUAAGAUAUCGGGUACGUAGUUCAAAUUUCCUAUUAUAAAAAACUCUGAUGUUCGUUUUGACCCCACUUAUUUUUCGUAAUCCGUUUAAAAUACCUCAAUUCAUCACUUUUCUUCAUUGGUUAUGGAAAAAGUUCUGAAGAUUAUGUUUUUUUGUGUCAUGAUAUUUUUUCAUAAACAAACACCUUCUCUAAAAACAUUUCUGCCUUUUUUCCUUGAUUUUCCUCGACAAUUCGUGUCAAAGUUUCAAAAUCCAACUAUUGCUCAAUAAAAUCUUGAGGACAUUGAAAACUAUUUCCAGACAUUUAAUUAUAUGCUCUUUCGCGCAGAAGAAAAAGUGUAGUCUUGCGGAUGCUUGGUGUUAUUUCAAAAGAGCAAAAAGUGUUUUAGGAAAAAUUUUAGGGAAGAAAAAUGAGACUUCUCUUCACAGAUUGUGAUUUUGGAUCAAUUAUCAUGAUGGCAAAGAGAAGCAAAAAUGAUAAUGGCAAAAUAUGGCGUGAUGGGGAGUCGAACCUUCGACCAAUUUGAUGAUAGACAUGCGUCUUAACACUGAGCCACGCUAGAGUGAACAGUAUCCUUGUUUUUCCAACACGUUCAAGUUCAAUUCAAAAAAAACUUGAUUUAAAGUCAAAAUGGUAUGUUUUAUUUCGAAAUGAAUGAAAAACUUGUCAAACUUCUACUCGUACCAUUUUCAUUCAAAAAAUACCCAAAGUGGCUUUUAAUUUUUGAUUUACUUCAAGUGCUCUCCAGUUCUCCAUUCACUUGGAAAUUCAGGGAACACGCACUUUUUCUCGAAUUUUCCAGCGGUUCUCAUGAAAGUUUAAAGUUCUCUCUUGCCAUAUGGUGGAAAAUUAUCGACUUUUUUCGAGUUUUAAGCUUCGUUCUCUUUUUAAAACCAAAAAAUUGUUCAACUUCCAUAUAAAAUCGGAUCGUUUCAGGUAAGGAUUUCAAGAAAAAGUUCGAAAGAAUAAAUUAUAGCUAAUUUAGAAUGGGAAUUCUCCGCUACACUUACAGUGAAGAAAUGACGAAAUUAUUCUCUUCAAUUCACACUUUCUAUUUUUAGCUGAAAAAAUACUCCGUUUUUUCGACUUGAAAUUCUGUCUUUCUCUGCUCCCUACUUGUCUCUCGGUACUCUCUCCUGUUGAUGUGAUAUUCCUAUGUUUCUCUCACUUCGCCGUUGAGGGAACAGAGAGACGCAGACACUCUGAAAGUGUCAAGUCACGGCAAACGGAGUAUCGACUUUUUAAAUGCGAUGACGACUUAACUUCCAUCAUUCAGCAUGUCGAAAUUCAUCAGAAUCAGCAUAAAAACUGAUCAAAGUCCAAAAGCGUGACUCAUGAUUCACCACAUAGCGAAAUUCAGUUGCGCAAUGGUCUUUCCCGUUCGAUAAAACCAUUUCGGAAAACAAGAGAACGAAACACUAUUUAUUCAGUGAAGGUUCUCUCCUACUUUUUUUCUCUUUUCAUUCUAAAUUGCGCUAUUUUUAAUAUCUCGUCCUAUUCAGUCAAUGGAAGAGCUUAGUUUCCCACAAGGAAGUUAAUUUCCCUUGAAAAUUUUCUAGAAUAAUUUUUGACCUACUAGAUGAAAACUCUGAAAGUCUGAUCCUUCCUCAAAAUUCGGGACAGAAAAAGUCACAGGAUAGCCAAUUUUUUUCUUCGCCUUUUCUAUCAAUUUUCUUUCAACUGAAUUUCAAAACCUCCAAAUCUUUGUUGUAGCUGAUUUCAAAUGACCCGAUUUCAAUUAUUUUAGGUAAAAACCAUGCGGUUAUUCCUAUUAAUUUCCCUGUUUCCCACUGUUUUCUGCGGCAUCCGACUACUCUGUGCAGUUUGGCGUCAUGGGGAUCGCGCUCCCGGCGAGCUACCGUAUCCCAACGAUAAAAAUGGUUUGGAGGCUUGGCCUCGCGGUUGGAAUCAGAUGACUAAUGUGAGAGUUUAUAAAAAUAAUUUUUAGAGAUUUUCAAAUUUUAGAGAGGAAUCAAACAGGCGGCACAGUUGGGGAAAUGGCUCAAAAGACGGUAUGGAAAGGGAGACGGUGCGAUUUUGCGAGUUUUCAAUAAAUCCAAGGUGAAUUUUCCUAAUUGAUCCAUAUUUCAUGAUUAUUGACCCUGCACAUUUGUUGAAAAUAUGAAGAUUAGAGGAAUAAUAAGAACUUUUUAAAAUUAUAAAUCUGAAGCGAUGGACCGCAAGAUGAAGAGACCGCAGAGAGAAAGAAAUUUCUCUGACUGUCUAGCGUCUCUUCAGACGACCCGCACUCUCGCUUCCGUCUUUUUUCAGCUUCAUUUUAGCUUCUCCCCUAAAUUUCGUUGAUGAAAAGAAACCAAAGAAUCACAUUUUCAGAUCUAUUUCCAAUCCUCCGACUCGGAAAGAGCCAUCGAAACGUCUCAAGCCGUGGCGGCGACUUUAUUCAAGCCCAGAGGGAACCGAAUUUGGACAGAUUCUUCAGAUUUGGAAAAUUGGCAACCAACCCCCAUACAUACAACAGCUAUUGGAUAUGAUCCAGUAGGCUUCAAUUUUUUAAAAACGCGAAAAUUUAUAUUUCUAGCUCCUGAGACCUUCCAAGUUCCCCUGCCCUUUGUAUGAUAAAAUUGAAGAUGAGGAAGCUGCGCCGAAAAUCGCGAAAAUCAACCAAGAGUGAGCGGAUUUUAAAAAAAGAAAAAAAUGUAGACAUUUUUUUUAGUUAUGCGGAAAUGUUCAGAAACUUGAGUGCUGUUACAGGAAUAGCAAAUGUUUCCUUUAAGAACAUUGGUGAUUUGUACGAUGUGACGAGGGAGGUUUGUUGGGCUUUUCUAUACAAAUAAUCAAGAUGAUUUUUUCCAAUUUAUUUCAGAUCAUCAACAACUUGAAGCCGGAUGAGUGGAUUAAAUACGAAUUUAAUGGUUCAUCUUAUUUAACUCAUGUCAUCGAGCUGAAAAGGAUAUCUGAUGCGAUGGAGUUCGAUACCAAGGAGAAGGCUAAACUCGGGUAUGAUUUCCUUUCAAGAAAGGAUGAAAAAGUGCAAAAAAUAUGUUGAUUUGCGCCGGACCCGAAACUACUUGCGCCAGUUCGCACUUAAUAUCAUACUUGGCUCAUGAAAAAUCGGGUAUUUUUGGUAUGAAUGAAAAUUUGACAAAAGUCAAAAUAUUUCAAGUUUGCACCCGACCGAUAACGGCUUGCGCAUUCUCUAUGAAAUCAAAGCUUUCAGCGCCGGUUAUUUGGUGAACAAUUGGCUGAACCAUAUGGAAAAAGCGGCUAGUGGAAAAAGCAGCUUGAGAGCUGUUCUGUACUCUUCUGUGAGUUUUUUUUUAGCCAACUCUCAAAAAAGGAUUGUUAAAAAUGAAAUUGCGAAUUUUUUGCUAUAAAAUAAUUUUUUAUGACUAGCCAAUUCUUAUUUCAGCACGACGGAACUGUUUCAGCAUUCCUCAGCGCCCUUGGCGUGAGCAAUAAUUUACUUGUCCCUUAUACUGGGACCGUUCUUGCCGAACUCCAUGAUGAUCAAACCGUUCAGGUCAGUAAUUUCCUAUGAAAAAAAAACCAUCAAAAACGCAACUUUUCUGCAAAAAGUCACCAUUUUUUUACGUUCAAAAACCCAAAAACUAACCUCAGUUUCGAUUUUCAUCUUCCUUUCUUACGAAAGUGAUAAAAAAUGCUCAAAAACUAAGGCUUCUUGGAGCUCGCUUAUUUUUCUAUUUUCCAUUUUGGCUCCAAAAACUUUGGGUAAUAAGCUUCUUUUCCAAAAUUUACCAUCAAAAUGAUUUUUUUUUUUCAAAAAUCAAAUUUUUCAGUUUUUCUAUCGGAACAACACAAACCUGAACCCAUUUCCUCUACAAAUCCCUGGCUGUUCGCAAGCUUGCCCACUGCCCCAAUUGUUGGACCUUCUGGAAGAUGUUCGAAUUGGGACUUCAGAUGAAUAUACUCAGGUUUUGACAAUUUCCAAAAAAUCUCAAAGAAAAACUUUCAGUUGUGCAAGAUAAAAGGAGCGGCUGAUGCUGCUUGA